CUGGCUGGGAAUAAGUCUCAUCUUGUACUUUCAUGCACUUGCUGCUGAGUUAUUACAAGAGUUUUGCAGAUUUUUUUGAAGUGUGAUUUGUGUGGGCUUUUUUGGACUAUCUGCUUUUACACCUGCAGACAUGAUCCAGGAGAUUGGUGGACAAGAUAAUCCAACAUUUGAGAUAGAAGAUGGCAAUCAUUACCAUAUCAUGUCUUCAUAUGACACCAAACUCCCAGGAGCCGAUAAAAAGCAAAAAGAAUGUGCAAUUGACAAUGAUCGGAACAAACUUGCAUACACUGUGACUGAUGUACCCCCCUGGUAUCUCUGCAUAUUUUUGGGCAUUCAGCAUUACCUGACUGCACUGGGUGGUAUUGUUGCAAUUCCUUUGAUUCUUUCCAAAGAACUCUGCUUGACACAUGACCCAUUGACUCAAAGUCACUUGAUCAGCACCAUUUUCUUUGUUUCAGGAAUCUGCACCUUACUCCAGGUUGUCUUUGGCGUCAGGCUGCCAAUCCUACAAGGGGGAACCUUUGCUUUUUUGACCCCAACUUUAGCCAUGCUUUCAUUACCAAAAUGGCAAUGCCCUGAUUGGACGCAGAAUGCAAGCAUGGUGAAUGCUUCAUCACCUGUGUUUGUGGAGCUUUGGCAAUCACGUAUACGAGAGGUUCAAGGAGCCAUUAUGGUAGCUUCCUGUUUUCAAAUAUUUGUAGGAUUUUCUGGACUAAUUGGGUUUCUCAUGAGGUUUAUUGGCCCUUUAACAAUUGCUCCAACCAUUACCCUCAUUGGUUUGCCUCUCUUUGAGUCCGCUGGUCGAGAUGCAGGAAGUCACUGGGGCAUUUCUGCUAUGACAACUUUCUUUAUAGUUUUGUUUUCUCAGUACCUGAGGAAUGUUCCUUUGCCUAUACCCUCCUACAGCCGUAAUAAGAAGUGUCAUUUCUCCAAAAUUUACCUCUUCCAGAUCUUUCCAGUGCUGCUUGGGAUUGCCAUCUCUUGGCUGAUUUGUUUCAUAUUAACUGUCACAAAUGCACUUCCUUCCAAUCCUGAAACCUAUGGGUAUUUUGCUCGGACUGAUGUCAAAGGGGAUGUUCUUUCCCAGGCGCCGUGGUUCCGCUUCCCAUACCCAGGACAAUGGGGACUCCCAACAAUAAGCCUAGCUGGAGUAUUUGGGAUUUUAGCCGGUGUGAUAUCAUCGAUGGUUGAGUCAGUUGGAGAUUACCAUGCCUGUGCCCGACUCUCUGGGGCACCGCCACCACCAAAACAUGCUAUAAACAGAGGCAUAGGAAUAGAAGGGAUCGGCUGUCUAUUGGCCGGGGCUUGGGGCACUGGGAAUGGGACCACGUCCUACAGUGAAAAUGUUGGAGCUCUGGGAAUAACCAGGGUUGGGAGCCGGGCAGUGAUUAUUUCUGGAGGGAUAUUAAUGUUGUUGAUGGGUAUUUUUAGUAAAAUCGGGGCUGUGUUUGCCACUAUACCAACACCGGUUAUUGGAGGGAUGUUCCUUGUGAUGUUUGGAGUAAUAGCUGCAGUUGGAAUAUCUAAUUUGCAGUUUGCAGAUAUGAAUUCUUCCAGAAACAUAUUUAUUGUUGGAUUUUCAAUUUUUUCUGGUCUCACUAUUCCUAACUGGGUUAACAACAAUACAGAACUUUUACAAACAGGGAUAAUUCAACUGGACCAAGUGAUAUUGGUACUAUUAACAACUGGAAUGUUUGUAGGCGGAUUCUUUGGAUUUUUCCUUGAUAACACCAUUCCAGGUACCAAGGAAGAACGUGGGAUAUAUGCUUGGAAAGAAGUUCAUGGGGAGAUGUCUGAUGACUGCCCAGAUAUUGGAGAUGUUUAUGACCUUCCAUUUGGUAUUGGGACUCGAUUUUGCACAGCAUCAUGGCUCAAAUAUAUCCCUUUCUGUCCAAAGCCCGUAAAGCAAACCUCUGUUGAUGCUCAAGAAAUUGGGGAAGUUGACAAAUACAAAGAGACUGUGCACUGAGUUUUAUACAAAGAACAUGUAAAGGUCACUAAAGAGUUUUUACAGGGCUCUAAACUGCUAAAGUUUUGUACUUGACUAGAAUCAUUAGGCUAUUCAAUCCAUCCAAAAGUGUUUUAUAUUGUGCCACGAAACUUGUAAAUCCCACUUUCCUAUAGGUACAGUUUUUUUUUUUUUUUU